CCCGUUCUCAUUUUAUUCUAAAAAAUGGAAAGAAGUAGACAGAGGCUAGGAAAACCUAAGAUUGCUCCCAACAUCUUACAUCCUUAAACCCUCCAACAUGUUCGGUUCCACGCGCAUCGUUUCCGACGUCGCUCUCCGCCUCCGUCAAACCCUAUCGUUCCGCGGCGUGCGCGCGCAGAACAUCAACAUCGGAGGCGGCGUCGGCGGCGAGAUCCCCGACCACAAGCGUCUCGAGUACGCUCUCCAGCACCUCCACGGCAUAGGCCGCGCCAAGGCGCACCACAUCGUGUGCGAGCUUGGCGUGGAGAACAAGUUCGUCAAGGACCUCAGCAAGAGAGAGCUCUAUUCCAUUCGCGAGUUGCUCUCCAAGUACCUAAUUGGAAAUGAUUUGAAAAAAUGUGUUGAUAGAGAUGUGGGAAGGUUGGUGGGGAUUCAAUGCUACCGAGGGAUCAGGCAUGUGGAUAACUUGCCCUGCCGUGGACAGAGGACACACACAAACGCACGCACCAGGAAGAGCCGGAAGACUUUCUCUGGAUCGAGAUAGAUAAAUUUUCCCGUCCAAAUUAUGGUUAUUUUGGACAUCCUGUUGGUGGUUGCGUGAGGUGUAACUGGUGCACUUCAUGAACUGAACUUAUAUCUAUGGGGACAUGAAUUGCUGGCAGUCACAGAGAAGGAAAGUUCGAUAUCUAAAAUUUUAUUUUACAUCCAUUAUAAAAAUUUGAUUAUGUACAAUAAGAAAAAAAAUUCAGGCAAACCAGGUCAUGGAGGUGCAACUGGUGCAGUUCAAUGCAUUGUUAAAAGACACUUAACUUAUAUCUAUGUGGCUGUACUCAAGAAUAAAAGCUUAAUCUCUACCUUUAAUUUUACUUUCCAACCAUUACAACAUUGAUAAAAUAUAGGUUUAGUUACCUUUUUGUCCCUAUAGUUGUAUAAACUUCAACAUUUUAGUUCCUAUUGUUAAAACUAGGUCAUUUUAGUC